UUCGACAAACCUCAGCUCACGAAAUCAGGUCUUCAUAUCGUAUCAGCUCAAGAGGCUGUCAAAGGAAACCUGUAUCGGCAAAUGCGUGUUGUCCGUAACAGCUUUCAUGUCAAGUCUCGUAUCUGCUCCCAAUGCCGACUCAACUCCCGCCAGAACGGAAUAUCAGAUUGUCUGGAGUUGUAUUACAACCAUCUUUGCAUGCACAUGGCUUGCUAUUCAUCCGAACAUCCCCAGUCCGAAAGAUUCCUAUUGGAAAAUUAUAUCUAGGAGAGCGAUGAUAAUGCUUCUUGGGAUAUUGGUCCCUGAGUACACCACAGUAUGGGCUUUGCGGCAGUGGCUUGCUGCAAGAUACAUCAAACAACAGGUGUCUUCAAUGGAAGAUGUACCAGAGUGGACAAUGACUCACUGUUUUUUUCUUAUCAUGGGAGGAUUCGUGCUCGAAGAUGACCAAGGGAACCCGAUAUCCAGCCUACGACUACAUGAAAUGAUACAGCUGAAGAAUGAAGGCAGGAUCGAUUUUCCAACCAUUUCAGAGAGAGACAUAGAAGACAAAAGCAAAGGGGAUGCCCUGUCGAAAACUCUGGUCCUGUUCCAGACCACCUGGUUUUUAUUGCAGGUUCUCGCCCGCGCUAUAUUGCGUUUACCUCUCACAGAACUCGAAGUGGUCACAAUUGCAUUUGCUUCAUUAAAUAUUCUCACAUAUGGUUUCUGGUACAACAAGCCAUUGAAUGUCAACUGUGCUGUCCGCGUUCGUCUGCUGUGUCGGCUGCGCACACAUGGUCUCCACCCUACUUCACCUCUUGUUACAUCUUCUUUCCACGACACUCCGUCGCUCGAUGGGACAGAAACUGCGGAUAUCACGGACGCAUCUCUCCGGAACAUGCAAUCUCAAUGCAAUGCUGACGAUGGAACUGGAGCUCAUGGCAAUGUCUUGCCCCUCGCCAUUCCCUUCAACCACGAAAAGACACCAGGGUCUUCAUUCUUCCCCGCUGUCCCUCCAGAAGCUACCAAAUUCACGCCCACACGUAUAGCACACAGGACAUCUCGAUCAAUGUAUUUCUACUUCUCUCGUACCGUUGCGGGACUUGCGUCAAGCACGUACACCGCCAUUCGCUAUCUGCGUGCCAUUCAUAUUCUUCCAGAAGUUCUAAAUCCAGGAAGUACUCAAACAGGGCACCCUUCUCAUGGAGACGACACAUAUUACGACACAACUCAUGUCAAUGACACGGUGUUUGUUGCUGAAAUGCGCGACGACGAAUCCCUACGUGUCCCGACGUUCCACUGCGGUCUACCUCGGACGGAUAUAAGAAGGUCGACUACAACUAUACCUGGUGUAGCCCAGAUGAUUAUCGGAAUUUAUUUCGGAGGUGUCCAUUGGAUUGCGUGGAAUUUUACCUUCUCAAAUGCCGAGGAACAGUGGUUGUGGAGAGUUUCAUCGGUGGUCUUGAUCUUGAUCCCUUCCUAUUUCCUUCUGGCGCAGUCGAUCAUUAGGGUGAUUUUCCGAGGGAAGAUUGAAGGAUUUCUCGGAAAGUUGCUCAGGCCAAUACUAUUCAUCCUACAACUGUUGGGACGUGCAGUUCUUCGUUAUCCUCGCGUGUUCGGUGUAAUGAGUCAGUUUGCUUUGCUCAUCUACCUUGUAUUUCGGUGUAUCCUAGUCGUUCUUCCGUUCGUUCUGCUGCGAAGCCUUCCUGAGGGUGCUCUUCUAGAAGUCGAAUGGACGACAUUUAUACCCCAUCUUUGACGCCGACGACUCCCCCACUUCACGCUCUUAAUGAAUAUUUCUGCUUCGAUGUUAUCCUACAUUCACUCUCAUUCACGAAACAGCUGUAUUCUACGAGAUACUUACCCGAACAAAUUCUUGGUGAAUAUACAACUUCAACACUCG